GGAGAUUGGGAUUGAGCCAUAGACUGUAUAAAGAAGAUUCAGGAUUCAGCGGAAGAGUACACAGCACACGUUUCUCGGCUUGUAACCUUGUCACGAGUUCCGGAUGUGCGACCAUGCUCCCUAGGCUCACUGCUAACGUACAGCGUGCGCCAGGCGGCCAAAUGAUGUUGAGAUGUCUUCGUUUGUGGAAAAGGAGUCCGACGAGGAUGGGAUUCGAACCCACGCGUGCAGAGCACAAUGGAUUAGCAGUCCAUCGCCUUAACCACUCGGCCACCUCGUCUGCUAUCUCCAUAUCCAUGAGAUGUUGUUCCUCAUCGUCAGUGUUAAACCUCAGACUAAAGAUGGUGGAUUCCCAGUACUACCUCCCAAAUGACAUUGGCAUCUCUGCUCUUGACUGUGGCGAGGCCUUCCGUUUGCUUUCACCUCAGGAGAAGAAGUACGCCCACAACCUGUCCCGCGCUGCUUGGUAUGGUGGACUGGCAGUGCUGCUGCAGACUUCCCCAGAGUCUGCAAACAUCUUUGUCUUGCUGCAAAAAAUCUUUAGGAAGCAGGCGCCUGCACAGCUAGAACAGGUCGCCACAGCAGCUGGACUCAGUUCUGAGGAGUACCAGGCCUUCUUGGUGUAUGCAGCAGGUCUGUAUGCCAACAUGGGAAACUACAAGUCUUUCGGAGACACCAAGUUUAUCCCAAAUCUACCUAAGGACAAGCUGAAAGCUCUGGUAUGGGCCAGCGAGGCGUUUCAGGAGCAGCCUACUGAGAUGGAGGCUCUGUGGGACAGCUGCUCCUGUCUUCUCUACUCCCUGGAAGAAAGACAGAAACAGCUGGGGCUGGGCAACAAGGGAAUUACCACCUACUUCUCAGGAAACUGCUGUCUGGAGGAUGCUGAGCUAGCUCAGAGGUUCCUUGACUCAAAAAAACUAUCCGCGUACAACACCCGUCUGUUUAAGAGGGACAAUGGAGGUAAAGCCUGCUACGAGGUGCGCUUGGCUUCAGCUGUGCAGAAAGACUGUGCAGUGGAUGGGGAAUGCGAAACAUGCUGCGGCAGCUUCAACUUCGAAGACAAAGAGUUCACUGUGAAAAGGGGAGACUAUGCACCUCUCAUGGAGAAAGUUAGCUAUUACCUCCAACAAGCACAGGCCUAUGCUGCCAAUGAGAACCAGAAAAAGAUGCUCGAAGAGUACACACGCAGCUUCACCUUAGGCUCAAUUGAAGCCCAUAAAGAGGGGUCACGCUACUGGAUCAAAGACAAGGGACCAAUUGUUGAGAGUUAUAUAGGUUUCAUAGAGAGCUACAGAGACCCAUUUGGCUCCAGAGGAGAGUUUGAAGGUUUUGUUGCAGUUGUGAACAAGGCGAUGAGUGAGCGUUUUGCCAAACUGGUGGGCUCAGCAGAAGUCUUGCUACCUGAGCUGCCCUGGCCCAGGGAGUUUGAGAAGGACACUUUCCUUAAACCUGACUUCACCUCGUUGGAUGUCCUCACCUUCGCUGGCAGUGGAAUCCCAGCUGGCAUCAACAUCCCCAACUAUGAUGACAUCAGACAGUCAGAGGGCUUUAAAAACGUGUCACUAGGCAAUGUGCUGGCUGUAGCCUAUGCUACACAAAAAGAAAAACUUACCUUCCUGGAGGAAGAGGACAAGGAUUUGUUUAUCAAGUGGAAGGGACCAUCAUUUGAGGUGCAGGUUGGACUUCAUGAGCUGUUAGGCCACGGAAGUGGCAAGCUGUUUGUCAAGGAUGACAUUGGCAAGUUCAACUUUGAUCAGAGCAAGGUGAUCAACCCAGAGACGGGGGAACCGGUCUCCAGUUGGUAUCGGGGCAGCGAGACAUGGGAUAGUAAAUUCUCCACAAUUGCUUCAUCUUACGAAGAAUGCCGGGCUGAGUGUGUCGGACUCUAUCUGUGUCUCAACAAGCAAGCACUCAGUAUUUUUGGGCAUGAGGGCCAGGAUGCGGAGGAUGUGGUGUACAUCAACUGGCUCAGCAUGGUCAGAGCGGGACUUCUGGGCCUGGAAUUCUACACGCCUGAGAGCAAGAGCUGGAGACAGGCUCACAUGCAGGCUCGUUUCGUGAUCCUGCGUGUUCUGCUGGAGGCCGGGGAGGGCCUAGUGGGGCUGGAGGAAGUGACAGGACAGGACGGCAACCCUGAUGCUCGAAUCACACUGGACCGAAGCAAGAUCCACACUGUGGGAAAGAACGCCAUCCACAGGUUCCUUUGUAAACUGCAGGUCUUAAAGUCAACAGCAGAUGUGGAAGGAGGCAGGGCUCUCUAUGACGGCUACUCCGCCGUCAACGACAGCGGUGCUCACAACUUCUUGCGUCUCCGGGAGACGGUACUGCUGAGGAAGGAAGCUCGUAAGAUGUUUGUCCAGGCCAACACCAGAGUCAGUGGGGACAGCGUGGAGCUGGUGGAAUACGAAGGCAGUGCGGCAGGUUUGAUUCGCUCUUUCACGGAGCGCUUCCAAGACGACGCAGAGCAGCUGGAGGCAGACCUUUUGGAAAUGAGCAAAAGAGACGGCCCCUGCUGGUGUUGAUGGAUGGAUGAUCUGCUCCAUAGGCUUCAGAAAUACCAACUGAAAUCAGUUUUUUUUUUUUUUUUUUUUUGAUUGAAAUGUGAUGUGAAAGCAAACUGAUUUUUAAUGGAUGUUAAAACACAAAAAACUACAAACUGAUCCUUUUCAGAAGACACUUCUUAACGGACUAAAGUUUCCUACUUCAAAUAAAGCCAUAAGACUGGAGCAGAUCUGCCAAAGACAACAGCCACAGUUUUUCCAGCCACGGUCCAGUGUCAGGUCUCUUUGAUAACAUGAUGAAAUACAACUAAACAAGUUGAAAAUGAACACCACAUCAUCAAUCUUGUAGAUUCAUUUAGGAAAUGUAUUUUUCUAAUGAGAAGUAUUGAGAACUGUCCAUUAAACAAACACUGACAAUAAAAAUGGUUCCUGUGUAUAAACGAGUAGGUGACUGUUGGUAGUUUUCACCUUAUAAUCAUGGCAAGGUCAGAAAUUGGCUUCAAAUGUUCACGAAACAAACAUGAGAUGUUUUGUCUGUACUGGGAAUGAUUGAUUUUCACGGUCAACGUUUGGCUACAAAUUCUGCCAUCUUUACAGCUCAUCCAUUAAAUAAACAUAUUUGUCCAGCCUUGGUGUUGGUGAUGAUUUGACAGGUUAAGACUGUUAACUAGCUGCCAUGAGAACUUAAUGUUGACUGUACGGCAAAAUAAUACUUUAUUUUUUGCCAUGUUUGGAAUAAAGAAGUAAUCGAAUACUUGACUGUAUAAAAUAUUGCUGUGUCUGGAAGGCCUAAUAAAAUACUGUAUGCAAGAAAUGUGUUGAAUACACAAAUAAAAAUUGUUUGAUAAAA